UCCCCGGCUGUUCUUUAACCAUAAGAGGAGGAGCAGCCUCCAUGUUUAAAAAUACCAGCUUGUAAAGGAGCUCUCUGGACCUGGAGCUCCUUUACUUCCGAAGUGUGGCCGCUGGGAUCUCUACACACACCAAUGAUACAGAACACACAACGCUCUUCACGUCCAAUCAAUGAAACCCAUGAGCUUUGAAUCCAUAAACGAGUUCUAACGAGUUUGAAAUCUGGAAGCAGUGACACAGAUUCUCCUGCCGUCUAAAAAUAACCCCGUCCCCUUCUAAAGGCCGACUCCCCCUGUUCCCGAGGACGCUCAGCUCUUCUUUCCGUUUGCCCUAAGAAAGUUAAAGAAGUUCCAGCGAGUCACCUGAUCCGCCUCAUUAGCAUACGUGACAUCACAGGGCCGGGUUAAAUAAGAGGGGGGCUCUGACCCUGGCUCAGGACCAGUCUGUCUUGGGACUUCAGCUUCUCGCCUCCUUUCUUUCCGCUUCUCCAGCAACUACUCUGCAAAAAUGACUGAGUUCUCACCGGAAGAGGUGGCUGACUUCAAGGAGUCCUUCGGUCUCUUCGACAGAAUUGGUGACAGCCAGGUGGGUUACAACCAGGUGCCCGACAUCAUGCGCGCCCUGGGCCAGAACCCCACCAACAAGGACGUCAUCAAGAUCCUGGGCAACCCCUCCGCCGACGACAUGGCCAACAAGAGGAUCAGCUUCGAUGACUUCCUGCCCAUGCUCAAGCUGGUCGACGCCCUCCCCAAGGGAAGCUACGACGACUACGUGGAGGGUCUGCGCGUCUUCGACAAGGAGGGCAACGGCACCGUGAUGGGCGCUGAGCUGCGCAUCGUGCUCUCCACCCUGGGAGAGAAGAUGUCGGAGGAUGAGAUCGAGUCCCUCAUGGCGGGUCAGGAGGACGAGAACGGCAGCGUGCACUAUGAGGCUUUCGUGAAGCACAUCAUGUCUGUGUAAGAGGCCGGCAGCAGGUGCUGGAGAAGCUGUAGCUCGCUACAGACAGCCGACAGUGUCCCGGACACCGACACUGUUUCAAAGACCAACCAAGGAAAGACAAGGACUAUGUACAAGGGAUGUUGAAGCAAACCCAUCUUGUUAAUUUUGUUUUCCUGUAAACUUCGUCUCAAGC